GAACAGGAUACUUAUGACAGUUCAAGCCAUAAUUCAGCCUCGAGUGGAGUGAAGAUCCAAGGAUUUUGAAAAUGAAGCACCAACAAGUGACGGUGGACUAUUUUACCAUGUUUAAGACAUCCGGGAUGUGCCUGCUUUUGGCCGUCUGUGGAUUUGUACUUCUCAAAAUGGUGCAGACUAUUUUCUGGCUACCCGGACAUCUGAAGAAGAACCAACAGCGCCUUGAAGAACUGGCCAAACUCUAUGCCAAGGACAUAGGCGACGAUGAGAGGGCCGAAAUAGAGAAACUCUUCAAUAGCAAUGAACCGAUAACAGAAGAACGCAUUAACCAGUUGCUCGACCGGCCAGAAACAGAGGCAGAGAAACCGGAGCCCAAGAAGGAUCAAUAGAUUAAAUAAAUAGAUUUUUCACAUAUUUUAUAUAUAUAUAUAUAUAUAUUUAUGUAUAUUGAGUGUAUAAUCGAUAAUUUGUUGAUACAGGUUCUAGUUCUUAAUUGCAUAUCGUAUAUGUAACUCGCAACACAAUCAAUCGUUUAACCAAUCCAUCAAUAAUGCAUGCAAUGCUCAAUUAUUCGGGGGAGAACAUAUUAUAGAGUAAUAACUAUUUACGACAGUCGCUCGUCUGUGGAGCGGUUAUAACCAUAUUAGCUACUGAUAUAGGCGGACUCAGAGCCCUUUCCUGCUUCAAUCGGUCGUCCGUGGCGGCCCAUCGAUUUUGCCAGCGACCUCAACCUCAAUCAAUCUCAAUGUAUCUAACUAACAAACUCAUAUCAAAUAUAAGCAAGUGUGCCAAUUCGUAUGCAUACCGUGGACAUAUA